CCAUUGGUGACACUACAUUAAAGGUGGCAUCUAGACUACCUUGAUGAUUAGUUUCUUUUUGGUAAACCAAUUGGAGACAUUGCAAAAAAGCUUUAAAAGUUAUGUAACACAUCACUGAAGGAAACAGGCAGGUAAUAAUCUCUUCACAAUCCCAAUUAACCCAGUUGCCUUGAGCAUUUUGGAAAUAGAACAGAGUUGGAAAGGACCCUAGACCUAUCCCAGUCUAACCCCCUGCUUAAGGCAAAAAAUUCAGGUCAAAUGAUUAUUCUUGAAAAAGUCCAGUGAUAGCUUUUCUUUUCUAAGGUGGAAGCAGUUUAGGAGAGUAAGUCAGUAUCCCAAGAACGAAUAAAAACAGUCAUUUCUAUAAUAUGCAUCUAACUCACUUCUUGGAUAGUCUGGAAAUGCAUUGUUUUAUGUUUUAAAAUGAUAGAUCUUGUUUUGGUGGCUGCUACAUUGGAAUCCAAAUGAACUGAGCAAAUACUGAAACAUUUCUAACUUAAUGAUUUAUAUUUUAAAACACAUACACCAUUAUCCCACGUCACCGAUUUGCAUAUCAUCUCCAUGAUGCCCUACAUACGUUUGAAAAUCUUAUAGGACAACAACAACCUGCAAUUAUAACACAAACAGCAUUUACAAUAUACUUAAAAAAAUUAAGACCGGGAAGAAAUCAUCCUGAAGUUGGACGCAAAGCAUAUGGAUCUCGGUAAAAUUAGUCCCAUCACUCCAACCACCACCAUUUUCCUGACAAUGAACUAAUUCUACCGAACGUUUCUUUGUAGCGCUAUUAUCACUGCCCAGACCAAACAUGGCAUUUAAAGCUUCGCCUCCUUCAGUGUUAAAGAUGGCCGUCCUGGUAACGUCACUCGAAACUCCGGAGAUCGUCCCCUGAGAAGUGAAGUACGGCUGCGCGAUUCUGAAAAACGGAACGGGCAAAAUCGAGCUGUAGAUGCCGGCGGAGUUCGGUUAGCGAUGGCUGGAUUUCAGUUGUGAUUAUUUUCAGAAAACUGACCCGGGAAGGGGAUCUUCCUGCCAUUGUUUUUCUCUUUCUCUUUAAAAAAAUUAUGUCGACAAAACAAACAGAGUUAAUCAUGGUUUGGUCCCACCGACAAACCAGCAAGUACUGGACAGAGAGAUCAUUUUGGAACUGGAGGUGACAUCCAGAAUGUAAAUCAACAUGGGUUUGAAGCUUUUAGCUUGCCUGUUCAACUUCCCCGUUGGAGUAGUUUAUGGAUCCUUGUCUCUCUUUAUUUCAAUUUUGCAUAAUGUGUUUCUCCUCUACUAUGUGGACACCUUUGUUUCUAUAUAUAAAAUUGAUAAACUUUCCUUUUGGAUUGGGGAGACUGUUUUUCUGAUCUGGAACAGCCUCAAUGAUCCUCUGUUUGGCUGGCUGAGUGACAGAGCUUUUCUUAGCACCCAGCAGUCUGGAAUAGCAAUCUCCACUCCAGAAGUUGUUUCAAAGAGACUCAAAGCUCUAAGAUGUCAUGGUCCAUUAUUUGCUGUGUCAUUUCUGGCUUUUUGGAUUGCCUGGGCCAACCCAGGCUUACAAUUCCUUAUCUGUCUCUGCCUCUAUGACAGCUUCCUUACUGUGGUGGAUCUAAACCAGAAUGCUUUGCUUGCUGAUCUCGCCGUGUCUGCAAAGGAUAGGACUGACCUCAACUUCUACUCUUCACUCUUUAGUGCCAUUGGCUCCCUCUCAGUUUUUAUGUCCUAUGCUGUGUGGAACAAAGAGGACUUCUUCUCCUUCAGGGUGUUCUGUGUGGCUCUAGCUUUCUGCUCAGCACUUGGGUUUACCUUGGCGACAUGGCUACUGAGGCAGUGGCUUCAGACAGAUGGACACGUGAAAUGGGAUGAAAACGAAGCAUUAAAAGAAUUAUACAUUGAUCAUCCUUCUAGAAAUCAAGAUAAAAGAAUCACACUGGCUGAGUACCUCAAACAGCUUUCCAGACAUCACAAUUUUCUAUGGUUUGUCUCCAUGAAUUUAAUGCAGGUUUUUCAUUGCCACUUUAACAGCAAUUUCUUCCCUCUGUUCCUGGAACAUUUGCUGUCUGAUCGCAUCUCCCUUUCAAUGGGAUCAUUCCUUCUAGGUGUUUCCUACGUGGCUCCUCAUCUCAACAACCUCUAUUUCCUCUCUCUCUGCCGGAGGUGGGGCGUAUAUGCUGUGGUGCGAGGGCUUUUCUUCCUGAAACUGUUGCUCAGUGUAAUAAUGCUCUUUGCUGGACCAGAUUGGAUCUACCUGCUCUGUUUCUUCAUAGCCAGUAACCGUGUAUUUACUGAAGGGACUUGCAAAUUGCUGAACCUGGUAGUGUCUGACUUGGUGGAUGAAGACUUGGUGCUAAAUCGGAGGCAGCAGGCUGCCUCAGCCCUCUUAUUUGGCAUGGUGGCCUUGGUAACCAAACCAGGCCAAACCUUUGCCCCCUUGAUUGGCACUUGGCUGCUUUCUGCUUACACUGGUUAUGACAUUUUUCAACGGGAUCCCUUGAGCAGUAUAGUGAGUGCCCAGCCAAGGUUGGCUUCCAGUGUAGCCUGGAAACCCACUCUACGCCAGGGCUGCUUCUACCUCCUUGUCUUUGUCCCUAUGACUUGUGCUUUACUACAGCUUCUCACCUGGUCACAAUUCAGCUUGCACGGCAGACGCCUUCAGACAGUGAAAUCUCAACGUCAAGCUUUUACAGAGAGUCACUCUCGAGAAAUCAAGACUAUUUAAUUGAGAGUGAAGAUAACAGCGAGCGGCAUCUUCCCACUGUUGAUGACUGCAUGACCCAUUUAAAAAGGAAAAAGUGGGAGUAAACAGGAGUUCGUUACAUCUUCUUCAGAUCAGCAUUGCCUAGUGGAAAAUAAAUGGAAGCUUUUGAACUAUCUUGAAAUUUUUUGUGAGGCUGUCCAGGGUCCAGUCAGUCUUGUAGAAUUCAUAAAGUUUUCAAAGUUUGUAUCUUCUGUAUCCAAGACUGUCCAGAAAAAGUGAUUGCCUUGUAUUUUAAAAAAUAUUUUAUCAAUUACUUGCUGUUCAUAUUGAUACUAAUUCAUUUCCAGGCUAGGGAGCUAAGCAAUCAGAUUACCCAUAGUCAUAUUAAUGAAGAAGAAUUAGAGUUGAGUAAAUUGGCAACCUUCUGGUCUUUGUAUCACAAACUCCAUAUACUGUUUACAGACAUCUUUGCCACAGGUGAUAGAUAGGUUUUAAGUAUUCCAUUAGCUCUGUUCUUUUUUGCAUUGGAUUGGUAGUCAAACUUGAUUUAGCCAAAUACAGUUAAAAUAAUUGUAACUUAAUGAUUUCUCACGGUGGGCAAGAGCACUUAGAUUCUGUAAAAUAGCUUCUCUGAUAUUGAAACUGGUCAUGUAUUGCCUUUUCAAGAGAAUGAAUAUACUUCAUUCCCACUCAUAGUUCAAGAUAGAAAUUUGUUUUUAAAAGUAGAGUACUAAAAGCAGAUGUAGCAGUCAGAAAUUAAAAACAUGCAUUUUCAAUCUUUAGUCCUAAUGGUUAUGCUGAAAAUCCACUUUCUCUUGUUCUGCCAAAGGUGGAAUAAGGGCUGGUGGUCUGUGCAUUUCUACUGAACCAGUGCCGAAUGUUGGUUUGUUCACGGAUGACUGACAAUUCUGCUUUUCUGAGACUGCCCCUUUCUAAAAAAGCUGCCACUAGCUGAGCAGAACUGGUCAUGAAAUCAUUUUUUUGCAGAAAUACUGAUCACAGGAAAUGGCCUAAAAUUGCCUAUAUAUCAUAAAUGUCCUUGAUUUCCCCAAAUGUUUUGGGCUACAUUUCCUGUCAGGACCAAAUCAUAUCCUCCUUUGCGCGUGCCAAGUAUCAGUUUGUUUAGACAGUAGCCUUAGCUGCUGCAACUGCCAUUUUGCCUUCAAAGACCAGGAUGAUGAAAUGUUUACAGCUUUUGUCUUGUUGGAUGGAUUCAGUAUAAUUUAUUGCUCUCAGUUUGUAUACUGAUUACCUUGAUUUUCAUUUCAUUAAACAUCCUUUUAAAAAUC